GCUUCUUUCCCUGCAUUCGAAAUCAUUAAAAAAUGCCUUCAUCAACAUAGCUCUCUCACUCUCAAGUCCCAACACACUGAUCUCCGGUGCUGUCUCUCUUCUUCUUCUUCAUUCUCCUUCGCUCGAGCAAGUAUCGACGACGGAGGGUGAGUCUGUGCUUCUGCUUCGGAGGGAGAAGAAAAAGCCCUAGGUUCUCUUUAGUGCGUUUUCGAAUUUUGAAUCUCGUCAGUUCGUCGGAUUUUGAUUUCAGUGUGGAUAUAUGGCUAUGGAGAUCACCCAGUUUUUGUUGGCUGCCCAAGCAUUGGAUGCUAAAGUUCGAACAGAGGCAGAGGCCAGUCUAAGGCUGUUCCAGGAGCAGAACCUUCCUGUUUUCUUACUUUCAUUGUCAGUUGAGCUUGCAAACAAUGAGAAACCAACUGAAUCUCGUAGGUUGGCUGGUCUUGUGCUUAAGAACUCGUUAGAUGCAAAAGAGGAUGCUAGGAAGGAACAGCUUGUUCAACAAUGGAUGGAAAUUGACAUUUCUAUCAAAUCUCAAAUAAAAGACCUGCUAUUGAGGACUGUUGGGUCAUCUGUGCCUGAAGCAAGGCACACUUCUGCACAAGUUAUUGCCAAAAUUGCUUCAAUUGAGAUUCCUAGGAAGCAGUGGCCAGAACUUAUUGGAUCAUUGCUUAACAAUAUGACUCAGCAAGACAGCUCCACUGCUUUGAAACAGGCAACCUUGGAAACUCUUGGAUAUGUUUGUGAGGAAAUAUCUCAUCAGGAUCUUGUGCAAGAAGAAGUGAAUGCUGUUCUCACUGCUGUUGUGCAAGGCAUGAAUCUUGCAGAACAUAGUCUUGAUGUUCGCCUUACAGCAACAAGGGCUUUGUAUAAUGCCCUGGAUUUUGCACAGACCAACUUUGAGAAUGAAAUGGAGAGGAAUUAUAUCAUGAAGGUAGUAUGUGAGACAGCCAUGUCCAAAGAGGUGGAGAUCAGGCAGGCUGCUUUUGAGUGUCUUGUUGCAAUAGCUUCAACUUACUAUGAUGAGAUGAAGAGGCUGUUGCACUCCAAGCGAUUGAAUUCUGGAGCUCUAUUUGUGAUGAAGAGAUAGAACGCCAAGAAUUUGAAUCUCUUGAGAGUGAUGAAUCUGGAAC